GAAAAGCUUCAGACAAAGCAGGGUGCUUUCCCUACAAGAUGGUUCGAAAAGGGGAUAUUGUGGUGGAGGGACUUCCCGAGGCUGUUUUGCCUUUGCACCCUCCAUCACACUAUGGAGAAGAAAAGCUGCAAUUAUUAUUAUCUUGUCGCAGCAUAUCAAUAAGAUAUCCACAGUCAGCGGAACCUACAGAGUCACUAUCACAGGAACCAUCUACCUCCUCUGCUGGGCCAUCAUCAUUGGAACCAUUGCCUUCAUCAUCAUCACAACACGCCACUUCAGAGAUAGAGGAUGCUGGAAAUGACCUUAUUGGCAUACUUGGAGUGACAUCAGAACUAGGUACUGAUGUAUCUGUGGAGGAAAGGAACCUUGUUUCCAGUGUUGUAUAUGUAGAGCCGAAUGAGAAGGAAAUUAAGAGAGAAAUGAGGAAAAUGACCAAACGAAAAGGAAAAAGCAAAGGUAUUCAAAUAUAA